AUGAAGGCACGCACCUCUUCGUUCCGCGAUCUUGUCCAUGGCACCAUAUCCGCCCCGGAGAGCCGCUACUCUGUCACGGGCCACACCACGCCCCAGGAUGGCCCCGAUUCUGCCUCCAAUGAGAAGCGGAACAAGCUUCUGUCCUCCUUGAUGUCCCAGUACCUCGCCCGUGACGUCCCCGCCAUCCAGCGUCAAAUCGUUAACCAUGUCGAGUACACUCUUGCACGUACCCGCUACAACUUUGACAAUUUUGGCGCGUACCAGGCUACCGCUCUUUCGGUUCGUGACCGUCUCAUCGAAAGCUGGAAUGAUACCCAGCAGUACUUUACGGAGAGGGAUGUCAAGAGGGUAUACUAUCUCAGUCUGGAGUUUCUCAUGGGUCGCUACUUGACCAACGCCCUAAUGAAUAUUGGUAUUCAUAAUCAGUUUACCGACGCCUUGACUGGUAUCGGCUUCAAGAUGGAGGAUAUCGCCACCGAGGAACGUGACCCGGGUCUAGGCAACGGCGGUCUCGGUCGUCUGGCUGCUUGCUUCAUGGAUUCUCUGGCUACCCUCAACUACCCGGCCUGGGGCUAUGGCAUCCGUUACAAGUAUGGUAUGUUUGAGCAACGCAUCCAUAAUGGUCACCAGAUUGAGAUCCCCGACUACUGGCUCACCUACGGCAACCCCUGGGAGAUUGAGCGCCUGGAUGUCACCUACCCAGUCCGCUUUUAUGGACAUGUCGAAUCCACAGGCCAUGGCUUCAAGCUCACUGGUGGCGAGAUUGUCCGCGCCGUCGCUUACGAUUCCCCCAUUCCGGGUUAUGACACCUACAACACCCUCAAUCUCCGUCUCUGGAGCGCCCAGCCGGCCAAAGAGUUUGAUCUCACUUCCUUCUCGAGAGGUGACUACUAUGGCGCCGUCUCCGCGAAGGAGGCUUCUGAGAAGAUUUCAUCGGUCCUCUACCCGAAUGAUUCUACCGACGCUGGAAAGGAGUUGCGCCUGAAGCAGCAAUUUUUCUUUGUCUCGGCCACCCUUCAGGAUGUUCUUCGUCGCUUCAAAAAGGUCAGCCGCCCGCUCACCGAAUUACACACCAAAGUUGCCAUCCAGCUCAACGAUACUCACCCCACCAUUGGUGUCGUUGAACUCAUGCGCCUUCUCAUGGAUGUCGAGGGUAUGGGAUGGACAGCGUCUUGGGAGACGGUCAAGAAGGUCUUUUCGUACACCAACCAUACGGUGCUUCCGGAGGCUCUUGAGAAAUGGUCUGUCUCUCUCAUGGUGAAGCUUUUGCCACGCCACAUGCAAAUAAUUUUCGAGAUUAAUCGUCGCCAUCUUGAGGAAACUGCUCGCAAGUACCCGAACGAUGGCCACAAGCUCCAGAGGAUGAGUAUCAUCGAGGACGGUCACCCGAAGAUGGUCCGCAUGGCCCAGCUCGCCGUUGUCGGCUCUCACACUGUGAAUGGUGUGGCUGCGAUCCAUUCUGGUCUCGUCUCGACUCGCUUGUUCCCGGACUUUGCCAAGGAUGGAUACAGGAUCCUCAAUAUGACUAAUGGUGUCACCCCGCGGCGCUGGGUGCAGCAAGCGAACCCAUCUUUGUCCGCCAUCAUUUCUCGAUGGAUCGAAACUGACGAGUGGGUUGUCAAUUUCGAUCUUGCAAAGGGACUUGAGCAGUAUGUCAACAAUGCAGACUUGCAGCGGGAGUUUGCAGAGUCUAAACUGGAGAACAAGAAGCGACUCGCUGCCACCAUCAAGAAGGUCUCAGGGGUUGAAGUCAACUGCAACGCGCUCUUUGACAUUCAAAUCAAACGUAUUCACGAAUACAAGCGUCAGCUCCUCAACAUUAUUGGUGUCAUCGUCCGCUACAAUAAGAUCAAGAAAAUGUCUCCGGAAGAGCGCAAGGGUGUCGUGCCGAAGGUUGUUGUUAUUGGUGGCAAGGCCGCUGCCUCUUAUGUGCAGGCUAAGCACUUCAUCCGUCUGAUUAAUGGUGUUUCGGAUGUCGUUAACAAUGACAGCGAAAUUGGAGAUCUUCUCAAGGUGUUCUUCUUGCCGAACUAUAAUGUCACUCUUGCCGAGACAAUCAUCCCGGCCAACGAUGUGUCUCAACACAUCUCAACGGCCGGCAUGGAAGCAUCGGGCACAUCGAACAUGAAGUUUGUCAUGAACGGUGGACUUAUUGUGGGUACUAUGGAUGGCGCCAAUAUUGAGAUUCGAGAGGAGGUUGGUGAGGAGAAUAUGUUUGUCUUUGGUCUCCACACGCCUGAAAUUGACCAUGCUCGUAAUCAGCUCAAGUACGGUGAAUACAAGGUUCGCGACGAUCGUCUAUCCGAGGCAAUGAACCAGAUUCAGAGCAACAUGUACUGCGGCUCGGAUAGUAGCGGCCCGAUCAUGAACUCGUUGCAACCAUACAACGAUUACUACCUUGUCACGCGUGAUUUCUCUUCGUACAUGGACGCGAUGGACCGCAUUGACGAGGCUUUCAAGGAUAAAACGGCUUGGAUCAAGAAAACAAUUGUGUCUGUUGCUCGAAUGGGCAAGUUCUCGUCUGAUCGCACAAUUCGUGAGUAUGCGGAGCAAAUCUGGGACAUCGAAGCAACUCCGUUCAUCCCGGGUUCUAUUUCGUACAAGUCUUAAGGGGGUUGGCAUAUAUGAGAAUGGGUCUGUGUGGUCAGUUUUCCUGUUGUAUCCGUUGCCUUGUUUAGUCGGCGCAAUGCGGCAUGCCUUUGUAGUGGCUAAUUUCCGUGUCGCAGAGUAGUCUUUCGAUAUCACGUCAUUCUGGGGGCAGCUGAACGUGGUAGUGUUAAUCUUGAUCGGCUUCGUCCCCAGGCACCGUACCAUUGCAACAAGUUAAAAUAACAAGUUCUUUGCAUUCGA